GCCGCCGUGCAAGAGGUUGGUUUGAGACAUCGUUGUGCUUGAUGAAAUAAUUGUUUUAGGGAUGAUGUUACACGGUGUUUGAUUGAUCCUAGAAUUUUUUUUAAACAUGUAUAGUUAGAGGAGGAGGGCGAUUAUGAUGGUGAUGAUUACGGCGAGGACAACGAAACCUCGUCACUGAAUAUGGAUGAACCUGCUGAGGAGAACUACAUGAGUUUGGAUGAAUCUUAUAGUGGCAAUGUAAGUGUGAUCAAUGUUGAUAAGAACGAUAAAUAUGAUAAACCGCACGGACAAUUACAUGUUUUUUUGCAUCAUGCAGCGACAUGGCGAUGAUGAUGAUAUGGAUAUAGAUGAUUCAUUUGCUGAAAGUGCACUCCGGGUAUGUUUUUAAAAAAAUCAGAGAAGAAAUGACAUAAUAACCAUAUGAGCGCUUACAUGUAUUUUUUUGCAAUGUGCGCAGAUGGACGAGGACGGGACUUUGUGUGGAAUAUUGUGGAUGAUGAAAGUGACAAAUCGCACGUUGAUGCAUCUCAUGAUGACAGCUCCAGCAAAGGAGAUGUAGAUGGUACAAGCGGGAAGGAUGAGCAUGUUGGUGAUGAUCUGUUUAAUUUUGACAUCGGAUUUGAUGAAUAUCAGCAAGAAUCAUUGGACAUGCAUUGGAAGGUCAUAAGGAAGACGUUCAAGUCACUAGGAAAGGACUCACUGAAAUAUUCGAAAGGUCCUGAGGGAACUAAGCGCUUGAGAAAGUAUAUGUGUGCGAGAGCUGGGAAACGACAGGCAAAACUUUGUAGAAUGGAAGGCAGGACCCGCAGGCUGAGAGGGGAGACUCGUUGCUUCUGCGGUGCGCAUAUAACUUUGAAACUUAAUAAAGAGCGUGACGUUUGGUAUGCCAGUCACGUUCUAGCUAGACCGGAUGAAGUCACGUUUCUUCGGUCUCAUAAUCAGAUAAAAGAAUAUCAGAAAGCUGAGAUCUUAACUAUGGCAGGUGCUGGAAUCAGGAAACAUAUGAUUUAUGAUCAACUCGUCAGUAGGUACGGGUCAUAUGCAAAGGCUGGUUUUGGGAGGAAGAAGCUUUAUAACAUGUGUUAUAGAGAAAAAAUGAAGUUGCCUGCACAAGGUGAUGCAGACACUACCAUUGGGAUCAUGAUGACCAGAAGAGAGAGGGAUCCAGAUUUCUUCUUUGAGCACACCGUCAAUGAUGAAGGAAGGCUGAAAAACCUAUUCUGGUGUGAUUCUCAAUCACGUCGAGACUAUGUUGACUACAGUGAUGUGACCGUCUUCGACAGCACAUACAGAAUGAAUAGGUAUGGCAUGCCAUUUAUACCUUUUGUCGGUCUGAACAACCACCGUUGCACCACGGUAUUCGGUUGUGCUCUUGUGUCUGACGAGACGGAAGAUUCAUAUGUCUGGCUGCUUGAGAUGUUUUUGAGGGCUCACUGUCAGAAGAGGCCCAGGUCAGUAAUUACUGAUGGAGAUGCAGCUAUGAUUAAGGCCAUCAGAAAGGAAGAUAUGAAGAAGGCACGGGAGCUUGAGGUCCUUGAGAGACUGAGAGGAGCAGACACUCACAGAUUCAUACUGACAUGGAAGGAAAAUGGGGAUAUCAGAUUCACUAUGGACUACACCCCAGGAACUUUGCUUGAAUUCUGGAGUAUUAAAGAUUGCUUCGCCCUUUGA